AGAGAAACUCUGUUCAAGAUGAUGUUGUUCUUUAAAGUUAUCGCUACCCUGCUGAUUGCACAGACUCUACCGGUGGAUGCCGCACCAAAUGGCAAACCUAAUGGCGAAGAAGCCUGUGAAAAUCUAGGUUUCGGCGCCGAGGACUGCGCUAAAGUGGGGUGCUGCCAUUUCAACGAGGGGCAAUGCUUGUCUUCCGUGGGGCGAGAUCCAUGCCAUAAUGUUCUGCUCGAAGGGUACGAGGGAUGGAAGGACGGAGCAGUUGUUUGGAGCGACCCGCCUUCGGAUGGUAAGUGGGAAGCUUGUGGAAAAGUAACGGUGGUUUUUGGUGUUGCCAUUUGUGUCACACAAGGAGCCUGGAACAAUAAGUCCAAGUGCGACCACAUCGCCCACGUCAUGUACCAACUCUUGGACAACAACGCCGAUGGAAUUCCGGAUGAUGAACAAGUAUUGACGUUUAUGGUACAAAACCGCUAUAUGCUUUUUGUACCAGAAAAUGGAGAAGAAAGCGAAGAACUAUGGUCCAAGUUGCCGGACGUAGACUCUGGUAUGACGAUGCCAACGUGGACCACGGAGGCGAUCCCAAAUUCCUGUCAGGUUCCGACCAAUCGAGGUGCCUCCGCCACUGACCGCUCCACCUGGCCAGACGCCGUCGACACCGAUGGCAUGAGCUGCAACAACGGCCGGGACGCCUCCGUGGAGGAGAUAUUUCACCUGAUCCAACGCGCGGCGAGCAACCUGUGGCCAAGCAAGUGGGGGACGAACUUUGGAAGCGAGGCUGGUGCUGCUGUCAAGGCUGCCAAYGGARAUUGYGGCUUUGGGUACUCAAACAACUACAUCGACCCGUCCACAAACGAAUGCACCGGACAAUAUGCCUACUGGGACGUUACUUGCAACGAGGGCUGCACCGUGGACGAGGGUGUGCACUGGGCUAGCAUAACGUAUAUCGGUGGCUUGUAUACGCUAGAAAAGACAUAUUGGGCUAGGCACAAUUUUUUGAUGUGCACUCCUGAUAAAAACAUGGAGGUCCAUCCCAAGGGGUACCCGAAUGCUAUAUCGCUCGAAUCAGGAUCACCAGCUUUGUACACAUUGGUUUCUGACACCACCUCGGAAGGCCACAAGUGGCUGCCACUAGUUAUGCCCGAUGGCAAAUACCGAGGAUUUGAUGGGCCAGCUCCUCAACCAGCUCCUCAACCAUUUCCAGACCCAGAUGAUCCCGACACGGAAUCCCCAACAUUUUAUCCAACGUUUUAUCCAACUUUCUACCCAACUUUCUAUCCAACGGAAAGCUGCGCAGAUGACGCAUCAUUCAAAUUCAAAAAUAAAAAGAAUAAGAUGUGCGGGAAGAACUGGCUCCAGAAAUUCACACGCAAUCUGAAAGUUAGAAAACGCAAGAAGCUAAUCAAGUUGUGCAAGAAGAAGUCAGGGAACCAACGAGUUUAUGACUUUUGCAGGGCUACGUGCGCCUUAGUUGAUUUGGGCCCAUGCGCCUAGCUUCAAUCCGUUGUGUGACAAGGCAUGUGUUGUUUUAGUGUAUUGUGGCGGUGAUGGAUCGAAGGGUCAUCAUCGAUCUUGACUUUUUUUCCACGUUGCAAAAUAUGGCCGUGCUCUGGAGCUAGAGUGGUGCCGCUAGGUGCAACUGGAUCACCAGACGCUGGUAUAGUAAUUGAGGCAUUCUUGGCUGCCUUUCGUGUUCGAGAAGUUUUAUAGAUCAAUUUUAGUAGUAGAACUUUUGGAGGAAGCGCGUGAAAGUAAUUUUUGAUGAGUAAAAAGGCUGUUAGUUCACUGUUCCCUCUACUACGGCAUCCUUGUAAAUACAGAACCACCAACGAACACUGUCUGCAUGCUGAUCUAGAACGUCGCUGCUUUCCAGUUGUUUACUCAGUCGUCUCCCUUGAUCUCGUAUGCAUCAGAGCAGGGCAGAUAAGUGCUUCAGUCGGACUCGAAACAGUAAUGGGCCAAAGAAAAGAAGCCAAGGGGAAUGUAUUGAAUGCCCAAUUUUAUACAUAUUAUAUCA